AUGGACAGUCGAGCUAGAACGGACGAGGUCUCCACAGACGUCUCGGAGACCAAUUCCGAGCGGUCGUUGAUGAUCACGGAGACAUCAUCACCAUUCAGAUCUAUAUUCCCUCAUAGUGGGAAAGUGACGAAUACCGGCGCUUUGGAGGAAUCUGACAAGCAGAUAUUGGAAUGGGCAGGUAAGCUGGAACUAGAGAGUAUGGAGCUAAGAGAAAACUCAGAUAAACUCAUCAAGGUCUUGAAUGAAAAUUCCAGGACGUUAUGUAAGUCGCUAGACAAAUUCAAUCAGCUACUAGAGCAAGAUGGAGCUACGGACGGAAACGUAAAAGCGUUGAUAAAGGAUUUGGGUUCCCAGAUUGAAAGCCAACUGGGCAAAGUGUCUUCGUCGUUGCUAUCGAGAAGCGAUGAAAAGAGGGUGAAGCCAAGCAUCGGCGACAGACAGGUCUUGGUGGAAGAACUGAGCAGGUACAACUCCAAGAUUACGCGACACGUCACAGGUAAGCAGCAUGAGACGGAAAAGUCGAUGAGGUGCACGCAAGAGAUGCUCUACAACGUCGGUAGUCAACUGGAGGACAUACAGAAAGUGCUGCUGUCCCUGUCCAAAGAUAUGCAGGUUUUGCAAGCCAGACAGAUCUCCCUGGAGGCGACAUUUCGAGAAAACGCACGCCACGUCUACGAUCGGCCGGACGUGUCCUUGAAUGGCACCACUCUCUUGCAUGACAUGGACGAAGUCCAUGUCAAUGUCAAGCAGCGCAAGAAGUCCGCGCCACCACCAACUAUGAUGGUCACAAGGUCCAUGAAACGGGGGAAGUCCAGCUCCCCAACCUUGUCGACUAGCCAAGACCACAACACCGACGACGAUGAUGAUGGUUCUUGCCGCCGGCUGAAGCGUGCGGCAAGAACCAUCAUUCCCUGGGAGGAACUAAGGCCCGACACGCUGGAAUCCGAGCUGUGA